CUUCCUCUUCUCUCACACACUCCCCAGUCCCCACUUCUCUGAGCUGACCCUCUUCCCCCCUCCUUUCUUCCUCCCCCAUCUCUUUCAUCGCCCACAUUUUCUCUCUCCCCCCAAACUCACACCCCCACCAAAAAGGCUCACAUAUUUCACCAAAAAUAGCAUUUUCAAACCUUUUCAAUUCAAACCCAGAAAAAAAUGAAGCUCACCCAUCACCUAACCCUCUUUUUUCUACCCUUUUUUCUCAUAUGCACACCAACUGUUUGUGAAAAUGCCGAGCUGAAGACCCUCAUUGACAUAAAAACCUCCAUUGACCCUCAUCACACCUUCCUUUCUUCUUGGACUGUUAAUGGGAAUCCUUGCAGUGGUACAUUUGAAGGUGUUGCUUGCAAUGAGUUUGGCAAAGUUGCUAAUAUUUCAUUGCAGGGCAAAGGGCUUGAUGGGGUUUUACCUGCCGCCAUUGGUGAACUUAAGAACUUAUCCGGGUUGUACCUGCAUUUCAAUAGGUUGAGUGGUGAGAUACCGAAAGAAAUUGCUGGGUUGACUCAGCUUACGGAUCUGUAUUUGGAUGUCAAUUACUUCAGUGGUAGUAUUCCUGAACAAAUUGGGAAUAUGUCUAAUUUGCAAGUUUUGCAGCUAUGUUAUAAUAAGUUGAGUGGGAAUGUGCCUACACAGAUAGGUUCUCUCAAGAAGCUGAAUGUUCUUGCUCUGCAGUAUAAUCAGUUAACUGGUGCAAUUCCUGCUAGUUUGGGAGGCUUGGAUAUGUUAACCAGGUUGGAUUUAAGCUUCAAUAAGUUCUUUGGUCCGAUUCCUGUCAGGUUAGCUGAGGCACCUUUGCUGCGAAUUCUUGAUGUUCGGAACAAUACUCUUUCUGGGAAUGUGCCUGCUGCUCUGCAUAGGUUGAGUGAUGAAUUCCAAUAUGCGAACAAUCCAGGUUUAUGUGGAGUUGGGUUUGCUUCGAUGAGAGUUUGCACUGAUUCUGGCAAUAACAGUAAGAACAAACCCGAAGCUUAUACACCAGGUUCUUCUGGGAGGAAAGAUCUACCUGAAUCAGCAAAUCUCCCCUCAAAUUGCAGCGGAACACAGUGCUCAAACUCCUCUAAGUCCUCCCAUGCCGGUAUCAUUUCUGGGGUUGUUGCAAUUGCUUUGAUCACCGUUAUUGGCCUUUCCAUGUUUUCAUGGUAUCGCCGCAGGAAACAAAAGAUUGGAACCAACUUAGAUACUGCUGAUGGUCGGCUAAGUACUGACCAGGUUAAGGAUGUUUACAGUAGAAGUGCUGCACCUCUCAUUAAUCUUGAAUAUUCAAAUGGGUGGGAUCCCCUAGGAAAAGGUUCACAGGAACUAUUUGAUAAUUAUAUGUUCAAUUUGGAGGAUAUAGAGUCUGCUACUCAGCACUUCUCCGAAGUGAAUUUCCUAGGGCGGAGCAAUUACUCAGCUGUUUAUAAAGGGGCGUUAAGAGACGGAUCAAUAGUUGCUAUCAAGCGCAUAGCCAAGACAGGCUGCAAGACUGACGAAGCAGAAUUCUUGAAGGGAUUGAAGAUCCUGACUUCUUUGCAGCAUGGAAAUCUUGUCAGGUUGAGAGGAUUUUGCUGCUCAAAGGGGAGAGGAGAAUGUUAUCUUAUAUAUGAUUUUGUUCCCAAUGGAAACUUGCUUCAGUAUCUCGAUUUAAAGGAUGGAAGUGACAAAAUUCUCAAUUGGUCUACUAGAGUUUCCAUAAUCAAGGGCAUUGCCAAAGGUAUUGAUUAUAUACAUACCCCACAAGGCAGUAAACCUGCUUUAGUUCACCAAAACAUAUCAGCUGAAAAAGUGUUAAUUGACUGGCGGCUUAAUCCACUUCUCGUGGGAUCUUGCCUCUACAAGCUCCUUGCUGAUGAUAUCGUCUUUUCAAUGCUGAAAGCCAGUGCUGCCAUGGGUUACCUUGCUCCAGAGUACACAACUACCGGAAAAUUUACUGACAAGAGUGACGUAUAUGCAUUUGGCAUUGUUUUAUUCCAGAUUCUCUCAGGUAGAACUAAAAUUGACCUGUCAAUUCGUCAAGGUGCUGAAUCAGGAAAAUUUGAAGAGUUUAUUGAUGAAAAUCUACAUGGGAAGUAUUUAGAAUCCGAGGCUAGUGAGCUUGGUAAAAUUGCUUUGCUUUGCACCCAUGAACUCCCUCAUCAGAGGCCAUCAAUAAACACCAUCAGACAAGAACUAAGCUUGCUUCAUGAUAGUUCUUGAACAUGGAAAUGAUGUUCUUGCCCUAACUUUUUUCAAAUUAGUGACAAAUGGGCAAAUGCUAACUGCCGGCUAAUUUCAAUUGCGGUGUAUAAGUCAUUGAUGUAACCAUCUUUGUAAUUGUUGUAGCUUAAGGGUGAAGGUAGGGCCUGUAGGCUAAUCUGUUAGUCUGUUGCUGUCAUAGAUUAUUUUAGUGCAAAUGCCAAAUGCACCAUUGAUGUUGUAAUCUAACUAGAAUUUUCAGGUAGUUGUCCACACUAGCAUGGUGUUGUACUGUUGUAUGAAUUUUUGUUUCCGUGACUCGCUAGAUGGAUGCUGCAUUGCUGCAUAAAUCUUGUUUCGAGCUGCAGUAGCGGGUAGAUUUGUAAUAUGUGUAAAAGGUGAAUUUAUGAAAGAAUUCUUAUGAUCUUACAUUCA